AUGUGUGGUCGAUUCGCUCUGGAAUUGGGCGCUGAGGAGUUACAAGAGGAGCUUCGACGAAUGAACCUUCCUCCCCGCGAAUUCAGACGGCCAGAGACAGUCAGGAGAGGAUACAACCUCGCCCCGAAUACGAACCAACCAAUCCUCCGCCAGUUAUCACCCCAAAACGGUGACACCCUCUCCUCCGAUCCCUCCACCUCCUCUACAGCCUCCUCCCCUCCUCUCGUUUUAGAAGCAGCAAAAUGGGGCUUAAUCCCCUUCUGGACCAAAUCACCCCCAAACUACGCCCAAGGCCUCAAAACCAUCAACGCACGCGACGACAGCAUAACCAGCGACCGCAGCAUGUGGCACGCAAUGCGAGAUCGGAAACGGUGUGUGGUGUUUUGCCGCGGUUAUUUCGAGUGGCUGAAGAAAGGGGAGGGGAAGAUGGGGAAGGUGCCGUAUUUUAUGAAGAGAAAAGAUGGAGGGUUGGUUGCUAUGGCGGGGUUGUGGGAUCGGGUGCGGUAUGAAGGCUCAGAGGACUACAUCCACUCCUUCACCAUAAUAACAACUCACUCCUCCCCCUCCCUCUCCUUCCUCCACGACCGCAUGCCCGUUAUCCUCCCCCCCUCCGAAAUCGAAUCGUGGCUCGACCCCACACGUGCAUGGGACAAAGAACUCGCAACACUGCUGAGACCGAAUGAUGAGGGGUUGGAGUGGUACCCCGUUCGGCCUGAUGUUGGGAAAGUUGGGAAUGAGGGGGUGGAGCUUAUUAAGCCGGUGGAUGAGGCGAAGGGGAGUUUGAUGGGUUUUUUUGGGAAGGGGGGGGAAGUAGGGAAAGAGGUUAAGGGAGCACCACCGUCAGACAAGGACCAACAUAUGAAGAGGGAGGUGGUUAAGCAGGAGAGGGACGAGGAAAUACUAGUGGGCGAGAAAAGCAAUAACGGCCUAUCGGAAAAUAACGCCCCGUUACCACUACCAGUUACCCCCGCGAAGAAACGGCGAGUUUCAUCCACACCCGAACCACCAUCAACUUCGAAGAAGAUAAAGACGGAGAUGACGCCCGUACCAAGUUCAGCGAAAAUGACACCGAAGAGGUCGUCUGCGAAGCAGAAAGCGAACGAGGAGAAGAAAGCGGAGGGGUCGAUGCCUAUCACGGCGUUCUUCAGGAAGAAGUAG